GCAUUAUUUGCGGCACCGAACGGAAUUAAGGAUUGGUCUCCUUCUUCAUAGAUUGAGGUGUGGUUUCAGCGGAAUAGUGUGUUUGUUUUUUAUUACUUUUUCAUGUCUACAAAGUGAGGAAGGGAAUAUACUACAACAGAAGUUAUAAUAGCAGACCCUAGAAAUGGCCGCUAUCAGAAAGAAAUUAGUAAUUGUUGGUGAUGGUGCUUGUGGUAAAACCUGUCUCCUGAUUGUAUUCUCAAAGGACCAGUUUCCAGAAGUUUAUGUCCCAACUGUAUUUGAGAAUUAUGUUGCAGACAUUGAAGUAGAUGGAAAGCAAGUUGAAUUGGCAUUGUGGGAUACAGCUGGACAAGAAGACUAUGAUAGACUGAGGCCACUGUCAUAUCCAGACACUGAUGUUAUUCUCAUGUGCUUUUCAAUUGAUGCACCAGACUCCCUAGAUAAUAUCCCAGAAAAAUGGACUCCAGAGGUAAAACAUUUUUGCCCAAAUGUGCCAAUAAUCCUUGUGGGUAACAAGAAAGAUAUCAGGAAUGAUGAAGCCAUUAAGAGGGAGUUAACACGUAUGAAGCAGGAGCCAGUUAAACCUGAACAAGGCAAGGUAAUGGCAGAUAACAUAGGUGCUUUUGCAUAUCUGGAAUGCUCUGCCAAGACAAAAGAAGGUGUGAGAGAGGUCUUUGAAAUGGCAACAAGGGCAGCUUUGCAAGUGAAAAAGAAGAAAACUAAGCGUUGUAUCCUGCUGUAGGCUUUUAUCAUCUGAUUGACUAUACAGGGUCUCUACAUACUUUCACUAGCAAAGAAAACAGCUUUUAAAGAACUGUAAUAACUAAGUGUUAUGUUUCAAGAUGUUUCUACCUUGUUUGCUCAGAAAUGAUCCACCGUUUGUUUAAGUUAUUAUUUGAUUUUUUUACUAUUAUCAUCACUCAAACAUUUAAAGCAAAUGAAAUCCCCAAAUAAUGUCAAACAGAUAUGGUAGUAUGACAUCCGAAAAUGAAGUCUCUUAUUCUUAUACAUUAGAAUAUGUAAUUGUUUGUAGUUAAGCCUAUUCAGUAUUAUUCAUGUCCAUUUUAGAUUAGGACAAGUUUCUAAGACAUUAUUUUAAGAUUUAGUAAGUUGGAGAGUUCCAUUUUGAUUUAUGUUAUGCUGCAUGUUUGGUUGGAGUAACUUUGUUAGCUGCUGUUCAAAUUCAUCAUAAAGAUUGCUAGCAUUUCCUAUUAAACAAUGUCUGGGAGCUAAAAAUACAGGAAUUGUUGCAUUGAAAGUAUUAACUCUAUAUAGUCCCAAUUGGGACCACAUUUCAAUUAUUUAUAGAUUGUAGUGUGAGGAAAAUUUGCUAGAUAUCUUUAUGCAAAUUGGGAGUUUUUCAAAAAAAUACUAAUUUUCCAGAAAUUUACUGAGAGUUAGAAAAUGAAUAAAACUUACCCAUAACCUCCAACCAGUAAUGCAGAAGCUGAAAAUUAAGAGUAAUCUUGUGCAAAGUUGGAUUUAUAAAACUUGAAAAAUUGUUGAUGACAAUGGGUCAUCUUAGAUGAACUCAACAGCAUUUAAAAUUCCUUAAGGUUAUGUCAUUUGGAUAGUUUUUUUGAAGGUUUAUAAUCAAAAUUAAUUACCUGUAAUGUA